AUAUCUUGCUCACUGCUGAGUCAAACCAAAGCGGCAAGGAUACAGCUCGUGUCUGAAGACCAGAAAGGAAAUUUUUAUUGAGGGUCGAUUUUGGGGUGGGAAGACACAGCCGUGUGUUUUUCAACAAGUUUUGUUUGUGAGUAAAAAAAAAAGGGGAUGCUUUAGUCGGGUCUCUCGAGCUCUUGCCUGGAAACAAGGAAGCAGUGAAAGCUAUUGUUUUGUGACAGGAGGUUUCUUUCGCAGUAUGUCACUGGAAUACGCAAUUCUUGUUCACUAAAUGUACUAUUGAAUACGUGUUACUUGUUUGCUUAGCCAUUUUCAAUAAGACGUCAAACAGUGAAAAUAUAUUAUAUCACAAUGAAAUCACAAAUGUGCUAGUCGCAUUACUGGUCAAACGAGAUAGAAAGCUAUCUCAUCUAAUGUUUUGUUGUGGUUGCCCGUAGCGCAAACUAGGCAUUUGUUUUUUUAUUUGACAAAAUUCCUUAGUGCGCAAGCAGCGCACGAGUGCAACAUUAUAACAACAAAUACAUUGGCAUUCUGGACAACAGAAACAUGACGAUGAUACAGAGCUAAAAACAAAGUUUACAUAAAGUGUAAGUGCACUGACUUUAUGUAUAUAUAAAUUACCCAUUUGUGUAGUGCGGUGCCCAUAAUAUCUGAAAUCUCCAUUCGAUUUGUUAAGGGUUGAAUAGCUAUACCAGCAUACAGCAACAAGUCAAAAUAACUUGUAUCUGAUCAUCUUCGACAACUUUGGGUGAAGUGUCUUGUGCUGUCUUACCAAAGCGCAAAUUGAGCCCCUGCGUCCAAGCGCUCUUUAGCUGUCAACUGAGAGCGACCACAGGCACAGCUGCAGCAGCAAGUGUCAACGAGGACUGAACAACUCUUAUCAGAAAAAUGACGGACGGACCAAGGCAACGAGGAUGUUCAUCGGCGUCUGGCGGGGAUGCUGUCCCCGAGUCCGGGAAAGAGUCAGGAGAAGGAGGGGUGGCUCUGAAGAAAGAGAUCGGUCUUGUGAGCGCUUGCGGAAUUAUUGUUGGUAAUAUCAUCGGCUCUGGGAUCUUUGUCAGCCCUAAGGGCGUGAUGGAGAAUGCUAGCUCAGUGGGUCUGGCGCUGAUCGUGUGGAUUGUCACCGGCAUCAUCACGGCCAUCGGAGCGCUGUGCUACGCCGAGCUGGGUGUCACCAUCCCCAAGUCAGGGGGAGACUAUUCAUACGUCAAGGACAUCUUCGGAGGACUGGCAGGGUUCCUGCGUCUGUGGAUCGCGGUACUGGUGAUCUACCCCACCAACCAGGCAGUCAUUGCCCUCACCUUCUCCAACUACGUUCUACAGCCCCUCUUCCCAACCUGCUUCGCCCCGGAGAGCGGACUGCGCCUGCUGGCCGCCGUCUGCCUACUGUUGUUGACGUGGGUGAACUGCUCCAGUGUGCGAUGGGCCACCAGAGUCCAGGACAUAUUCACAGCCGGCAAGCUGCUCGCCCUGGCUCUCAUCAUUAUCAUGGGCAUCGUGCAGAUCUGCAAGGGGGAGUACUAUUGGCUGGAGCCAGCCCAUGCCUUUGAGCCCUUCCAGGAGUACGACGUGGGGCUGAUAGCCCUGGCCUUCCUACAAGGCUCCUUCGCAUACGGAGGAUGGAACUUCCUCAACUACGUCACUGAGGAGCUGGUUGACCCCUAUGUGAAUCUUCCUCGUGCCAUCUUCAUCUCCAUCCCCUUGGUGACGUUUGUGUACGUGUUUGCCAACAUCGCUUACGUCACAGCCAUGAGUCCUCAGGAGCUGCUGGCCUCCAACGCUGUUGCUGUAACGUUUGGUGAGAAGCUGCUAGGCGUGAUGUCAUGGAUCAUGCCCAUCUCUGUUGCUCUGUCCACCUUCGGAGGGGUCAACGGGUCCCUCUUCACCUCCUCACGGUUGUUCUUUGCUGGAGCCAGAGAGGGCCACCUCCCCAGUCUCCUGGCCAUGAUCCACGUGAAGCGUUGUACCCCCAUCCCUGCUCUGCUCUUCACUUGUCUGUCCACCCUGUUGAUGCUGUGCACCAGUGACAUGUACACCCUCAUUAACUACGUGGGCUUCAUCAACUACCUCUUCUACGGGGUCACUGUUGCCGGGCAGAUCGUGCUGCGCAUCAAGGCACCCGACAUGCACCGACCGAUCAGGAUCAGUCUGGUAUGGCCGGUCAUCUACCUAUUGUUCUGGGCCUUCCUGCUCAUCUUCUCCCUGUACUCUGAGCCCAUUGUGUGUGGCCUCGGCAUGGCUAUCAUGCUGACUGGAGUACCGGUCUACUUCCUGGGUGUCUACUGGGACAACAAGCCUGAAUGCUUCAACAACUUCGUUUCCAAGAUGACCUACCUGGGCCAGAAGUUCUGUGUGGUGGUGUAUCCAGGGGAAACGAAGGGAGCAGGGAACGGGGAGGAGGGCGAGGAGCUGAAGGAGUCCCAGGCUCCUCUCUCGCAAGACGAUGGGGAGACACAAAAGUCUGCAGACUGCUAAACACACACCUUUACUAGCCCCCCCCCCCACACCACUACCACCCACCAACUCCUCAACACUCACACACAGACACGCACACACACAAACUCAGAGAAACACACUCUCAUUGAGGUAGAGUCAGAGUUUCAGGUAUAUCACUAUGGCAGAGAGGAGUUAACACUCAUAGACUCGGAAAUACUCUUACACACUGUUUUUAUGUGUUCAUCCAUCUGAUUGUAUCUUUGUUUCAGUCACCAAUGUUGUGCCAAAUAGAGGAGAGGAGGAGGAGAUGAGGAGACCUAUAUAGACCUAUAUCCGGUCAUUACAUUUCAGUGUGCCACCUUUUAACGCUACUUAUUGCAGAAGACAUAUCCAACCUGACAUCCUCACAGAUACACACUCAUCUUUUCAUCCUCUAAUCCUUUCAUGUACCCCCUUAACUACUCUUUUUCUUCAUCCUCCUCAUCUUCCUCCACACACUCCCUGCACACUCCAUGAGUGAGAGAGCGCUGGCCAUUUUAAAGUACUCGUACUGUACUGUGGCAGAUUCAUCAUCAGCAUUGCUUUUGUGUUCGUUUUUUUUUUUUUUGCCUCCUUUUGAAUAGAAUUUGCCUUGUCUUACUGAAAACACACCAAAGCUGUAUUCCUUUAUUGUCAAAACCAUCAAAUUCAGAUAAAUUCUUUGAAUGUUCUGUUUCAAAUACACUAAAUACUGUCUGUGAUUCCAAAAUGUUUUUUAUAAUUGUUAUAAUUGUUUAUAUCACGUGUCAUUGUUAUUAUAUUCGUUUUUUUAUGUUAUUUUUAAUGUUUUUUUCUGUUCAAUAUCAAUAACUUUUGGGUCUUAUUUUUAUUUUUUGCAACAGCGAAGGUAUACUUUUAAGAGUCUAUGAGGGAUCUGGUUCGGUGCCUUAGGUAUUGGUAUGUAAUUGUUAUCAUUGAUGUUGACAGAUUAUUUCAUCCAGAGAUUUUUAAAGAGAUUUUUGAAAAAUAAUAAUAAUAAUGAUGAAAAAAACAAAGAAAUGGCCAUUUUGAAUAUUCCAGGUUGACUCAGUGUGUUUACUGGAUAUCUGAGGAAGAUUUCAUUAAAGGCAGACAAUCAACUCUACAAAUGAACAGUCUGAUGAUUUAAAAGAGUAGAAGCACAGACUAACACGCCGACUACAGUUCUUACACCUAUAGAGACACGGACACACACACUCACAUGCACACAAACACACACUCGCAUGUCCACGCCCUGGGAGAAAAUAGUCAGAAGUUGAAUUGUAUGUGUAGCUAAGCUUACUGCAAUGUAAAUCAACAGCAGUGGUGUGCUGGUGUUGAUGUAAAUGUCUAUUAUUAAUGUCUAUCAUUAAUGAGGCAAUUCAGUAUUUUUGUAGAUUAAUACACAUCUAUACAUCUACUCUUCAAAAUAGUUUGAUAGUGCUUUAUUUAGUGAUGUUUGAAUUAAUAUAACUGAUCAUGUUUUAUUCACAAAAUAAUAACUGGAUAAUAUUACAUGAAUGUAAAGUUACGUUUGUUGUUAAAGUGACGUCAGGGAUUUAAAUACA